AGAAAGUGGCAAAGCUGAAGCUAUUCCAAUAUAUCCCAUAUUCCAGGGCAAUUUUGUUCACUAAAUCCAAGCAACCAAAAUGAGCUACCAACCUGUUCCUCCUCCUCAGGAGGAUUACAGACAAGCAGUUUGGGUGACGCCCCAAUCAGUUGACCAAACGCGUCCCCCUCCGCCACCGACCUAUCAGGGUUACCUUGAUGAAGGCAUUCGCCCACCACCACCAUCAGCACCGCCUUCUCGAUCAGUCCCGCCGCCUCCACCGCCAGACGAUGAUGACGACGACGAUUCCCAACCCGCAUGCUGCUCAUUCCUUAAGGCCUGUUUGGCUACCCUUUGCUGCUGCUGUUGGCUGGAUCACUGUUGCGGUUAGCCCACUAGAUACAAUCUGGUUAUACACACAUACAUACAUACAUAUAUAUAUAUAUAGAUAUAUAGACACACACAGAGAAUAAUUAUAUAUAUUUGUGUUAUAUAUGUCUACAUUAUAAUAAAUUAGGACUCUGGUCUCCAGAACUCCUCGAUA